UUGUGAAUGGAGUCACGAAUUUAUGAUCAUUGAUUAAUGAAUUCUGAUUUCUGUUUAAAAUCUAAAUAUUCCCAGCCUUUUUCAUUUCAAGGCAUAGAAUAAUACCACUUGAAUAAAAUAGAUUGUUGUUAAGUAAGAAAUAUAUUGAAUAUCAUAAAAAUCUGUGAUCAGUAACAACAUAAUAUGGAUUCGCUGGUUGGCUACGGAAGCGACGACGAAGUUGAGUCUGAUCGCUAUGGCCAACAAACGGUGGGAGGAGCAGGGAUGCGCCGCCGAGAAGACGACACCAACUACGACAGUGUCAACAUGGACAUGAGUGAGGACUCACAGGCGGAGUCCGAGCCCGAGCUGCCCCCGGCCGACGGCGGGCCUCCGCCCCAUCACGACAUCCAUCAAACGAACGAUGGCGGUGAUAGCGACAGGUCGCGCGACCGUGACGGCGACCGAGCGCGCGACGACGACCGACCGCGCGACCGCGACGGUGACCGACUGCGCGACCGCGACCGCGACCGCGACUGGCGGCGGGACGUAUCUCGUCGCGAUGACCGCCCCUACAGAUCUGACCGGUCGGAGCGGCGCUCGCAUGACGGUCCGCGCCGCGGCCUGCUCGGCGACCGUCCUGACGACCGACCCGCGCGACUGAACACCAAGUACGGGGAGGCAGCGCGCUCGCACGACGCUCGUGACGCGGUAUCACCCAGAUUCGUGGAUCGCGAGCGCGGUGACCGGCGCGAGAGAGACAAAGAGCGCGACAGGUCUCGCGACCGUGACAGCGAUAGAGCGCGCGACCGCGACGGUGACCGACACCGCGACCGGGACCGCGACCGCGACAGUCGCUCGCGCCAUUCCGAGGACAGAAGGUCCGGGCGCGUGGGUCGCUCGGAGCGAUCGCGGUCGCGGUCGCGCGGCGCCGCCUUCCCGCCGCCGCCGUCGAGCGACCGCCACUCCCCCGGCGGCGACUACCGACCCUCCUACAAGGUCAACAGGAAGCUCGAGGUCAUGGAGAAGAUGGGUCUGCAGAUCAAGACGCCGGACGGGUCGAUGGCGACGGCGCGGGAGUUGCGCGCGGCGGCGGGGGGCGGGGCGAGCGGCGCGGCGGGGGGCGGGGCGCUCGGCGCGAGCGGCGCGCGCGUGCUGCAGCAGGUGCAGCGCCGCAAGCUGCUGUGGGCGCACAAGGGCGGCGCCGACGAGGCCGCCAAGUGGUCCGGCACCAGGUUCGCGCAGGACUCAGACGGCCGCCAGGUCUCCAAGUUCAUGCGACUCAUGGGCAUCAAGGACCCCGCGGCGCUGGAGGGUGCGGGCGGGGCGAGCGGGGCGGAGGGUGGCGCGGGGGCGGCUGGUGCGGAUCCCACCAGGAAGCAGGAGGAGCUGUUCCAGGCGAUGCAGGCGCAGUACGACGUGGCGCGCGCCACCACGCACACCAUGCGCGGCGUCGGCCUCGGCUUCACGCGCAACCACUUCUAAUUCAAAUCCCUUUAAAGGCGCUAAUCUCAAAAUUAAAAACUUUACCGGUUCGAUCCUUCCUCGCACGCGUGGUGUGGCCACCGUGGAACUCAACAUUCUAUAAACAAAAUAACAGACUGAAUAUCUUUUGCCUGUUCUUUCGUGUACGAAACCCCGUUCCAUGGUGCCGUUUCGCCUGUUGGAAUACUUAUGGUUUAGGCUGUUUUGUGUAAUCAAUUUACCAUAUGAAAAUGAAGUCAUGAGAACCGACUAGAGUUAUAAAAUUCAAUAUGCAGACGGGAACACUUAUUUGUUGCCCUGACCUGUUCGAAUCCUGCAAUUGUAAUGUUUUUGUUAUAUCGAGUCACUCGUAGU